AUGUCGGGCCUCGUCGAUCGUUCCCCCAAUCAUCCCACCAUAGCGGCUAAAUUGUCCAGCGCCUCCAAUGUCAUCUUGGUAGACAAUUACGAUUCGUUCACUUGGAAUGUGUACCAAUACCUCGUCCUUGAGGGCGCUACUGUGUCUGUGUACCGCAACGACCAAGUGACCGUCGAGGAAUUGGCAGCCAAGAAGCCCACCCAUCUGGUCAUCAGCCCUGGUCCUGGCCAUCCCGAGACCGAUGCGGGAAUCAGCAUUCCUGCAAUUGAAUACUUCAAGGGAAAGAUUCCUAUUUUCGGUGUGUGCAUGGGUCAACAAUGUAUGAUCACCACCUUUGGUGGCAAGGUCGAUGUGACUGGCGAAAUUCUGCACGGAAAGACGUCUGAGUUGAAGCAUGACUCCAUGGGUGCCUACCAGGGAUUGCCUGCGUCGCUCGAAGUGACUCGCUACCACUCCCUCGCGGGAACGCACUCGACUAUCCCUGAUUGCCUGAAGGUGACUUCGUGGGCCGAGCUCGAGGACGGUAGCGGCAAGAAUGUCAUUAUGGGCGUGAGACACAAAGAGUUUGCAAUCGAAGGUGUUCAGUUCCACCCCGAGAGUAUUCUGACCCAAUACGGACGCCAGAUGUUCAGAAACUUCCUCGAGCUUACAUCUGGAACAUGGGACAGCAAGAGUGAAGAAGCUGGCGCCGCCCUUGCCGCCGUCCCCGCCCCGACUGAUAAGAAGCCUUCUAUCCUGGACAAGAUCUACGCCCAUCGCAAAAAUGCCGUUGCUGAGCAAAAGAAGAUCCCAGCACUGCGCCCCGAGGCUCUUCAAGCCGCAUAUGAGUUGAACAUCGCACCCCCUCAAGUGUCAUUGCCCGCGCGCCUGAGACAGUCCGACUACCCUCUCUCUCUCAUGGCUGAGAUCAAGCGUGCAUCGCCCUCCAAGGGCAUGAUCUCAGCGGACGUGUGUGCUCCCGCUCAAGCACGAGAGUAUGCGAAGGCCGGCGCCAGCGUCAUCUCCGUCCUCACAGAACCGGAGUGGUUCAAGGGCACAAUUGAUGACCUGAGGGCUGUCCGUCAGAGCUUGGAAGGCCUCACCAACCGUCCAGCUGUCCUACGGAAGGAGUUUGUCUUUGAUGAGUAUCAGAUCCUGGAGGCGCGUUUGGCUGGAGCUGACACCGUCCUGCUGAUCGUGAAGAUGCUGGACGUUGAGCUCUUAACCAGACUGUACAAAUAUUCGCGCAGCUUAGGCAUGGAGCCUGUGGUAGAGGUCAACACCCCAGAGGAGAUGAAGAUUGCCGUUGACCUGGGCUCUGAAGUUAUUGGUGUCAACAAUCGAGACCUGACGAGCUUUGAGGUUGAUCUUGGAACUACAAGUCGACUCAUGGACCAAGUACCCGCGAACACAAUUGUGUGUGCGCUCAGUGGAAUUUCAGGACCCAAAGACGUGGAGAACUAUAAGAAGGAUGGCGUCAAGGCCAUUCUCGUGGGAGAGGCUCUCAUGCGGGCACCCGACACCUCUGCUUUCGUGGCUCAACUUCUUGGCAACCCUCAACAAAAGUCCAAGGCAUCACCAAGCUCUCCCUUGGUGAAGAUUUGUGGGACUCGGACCGAAGAGGGUGCACAAGCCGCUAUUGAAGCUGGUGCAGAUUUAAUUGGCAUUAUUAUGGUUCAGGGUCGCUCCCGACUUGUCCCAGACGAUGUUGCUCUCCGCAUUUCACAGGUGGUCAAGUCAACUCCUCGCCCCAGUGACACAUCGCCGGAAUCCACGCAAUCCCCGCCACUGGAGUGGUUUGAUCAGUCCAUUAAUAUUUUACGUCACCCGUCGCGCGCCCUGCUCGUCGGUGUGUUUAUGAACCAGCCCCUUGCCUAUGUUCUAUCGCAACAACAAAAGCUCGGACUCGAUGUUGUGCAACUGCAUGGAUCAGAACCAUUGGAAUGGGCCAGCCUUAUCCCAGUGCCUGUGAUUCGCAAGUUUGCUCCCGGUGAUCUUGGCAUUUCACGGAGAGCUUACCACACUCUUCCCCUCCUUGAUUCCGGCGCUGGAGGCUCUGGUGAGCUGUUGGAAGCAAGUGGCGUUAGCAAGACCCUUGAUAGUGACGAAGGUCUGCGUGUCAUUCUGGCAGGAGGUCUGAAUCCCGACAAUGUUGUCGAAACUGUGACGCAGUUGGGCCCGUCUGGUCAUAAAGUGGUUGGCUUGGAUGUCAGCUCCGGUGUUGAGACCGACGGAGUUCAAGAUCUAAACAAAAUCCGAGCCUUUGUCAAGGCAGUUAAAAGCAUCCGGCAAUGA